UCAGUUUUCUCCAGUUAGCGCACAUGCGCCGAGAAGACCGCGUCUGCUCGCAGUUCAUAUUCUUGUCGUAAUCCUAUAUUGACGUAUUGUCGUUCUUGUUUAGUCGAUCGUAAAAAUGCUAACGAAAAGUAAUUUAUUUGUGUAAAUGUUUCCGUUAAUUUAGAAUGAUGUUGCGUUUGUUCCAUUGAAUAUUCUAUAAAAUAUUGAAAUUUACCGCGAAUUUGUCACGUGGCCACGUGUGUUGUGUUUACCGGCGUCAGUGAUUGAUUUUUUGCGGUAUGGGCGAAGAAAUCCAAACAGAAGACGGAACAGUGACUUUAAAACGUAAAAUUACGCUUUUUAAUGGCGUAGGAAUUAUUAUUGGAACGAUUAUAGGGUCUGGAAUUUUUAUAUCUCCCACCGGUGUUUACUCCUAUACUGGGUCGGUAGCGGCAUCACUCCUAAUAUGGCUGAUCUGUGGUCUAUUAUCAACAUUGGGUGCACUGUGUUAUGCCGAGUUGGGGACUUCCAUAGCGAGAUCUGGCGGUGACUACGCCUACAUUUACACGGCCUUCGGGCCUUUACCGGCCUUUCUUAGAAUGUGGAUUGCGCUACUUAUAAUUAGGCCCACGACGCAGGCGAUUGUUGCCCUGACCUUUGGGAAUUAUGUGGUGAAGCCUUUCUACCCUGAAUGUGAACCGCCGGAAAACGCGGUGAAGCUACUGGCGGCGGUGUGUUUGUGUAUACUGACAGCAAUCAAUUGUAUUAGUGUUCGUUGGACCAUGCGAAUCCAGGAUAUCUUCACCACAUCGAAGCUGUUGGCUCUAAUUGUAAUCAUCAUAUCUGGAUUUUGUUAUAUUGGCAUAGGGCACACAGAAAACUUUCAGAAUUCCUUCGAAGGGAAAUAUGGUGCUGGAGAUAUUGCUUUGGCGUUUUACUCCGGCCUUUUCGCUUUUGGGGGCUGGAAUUAUUUGAAUUUCGUCACUGAAGAGCUGCAGGAUCCGUAUAAAAAUCUACCUCGCGCAAUAUGGAUAGCUAUGCCAAUGGUGACUAUAAUCUAUGUGCUGGCGAACCUGGCCUACUUCGCUGUGGUCACUAAAAUGGAGAUGAUGUCUAAUCCUGCGGUUGCUGUGACAUUCGGCGACCGUCUGUUCGGUAGCUGGAGUUGGGUGAUUCCAAUAUUCGUGGCUUUAUCUACUUUUGGAGGAGUCAAUGGCGUUCUCUUUACAUCAGCGCGAUUAUUCGCAACGGGAGCACAAGAGGGGCAUAUGCCGGCAUUCUUCUCGCUAUUCCAUAUUGAGAAACAGACUCCUAUACCAUCACUUAUAUUCACGUGUUUAUUUUCCUUGCUGAUGCUGACAACUAGCAACGUAUUCGCCCUCAUAAAUUACUAUUCGCAAACGUUAUGGCUAUCUGUUGGUGCAUCCGUUGUCGGAAUGCUCUGGCUUCGUCAUACAAAACCCGAUCUGCCCCGUCCGAUCAAGGUCAAUCUAGCCAUCCCUUUCGUUUUCCUCGUCGCGAUCGCCUGUCUCGUUCUAAUCCCAGUCGUAACAAACCCGAAAGAUACCGCUAUCGGUUUAGGGAUACUCUUCUCAGGAAUACCGGUUUAUUAUCUAUGCGUGAAAUGGAAAAAUAAACCUCGGUCCUACCAUACGUUAUCUGGUUGUGUUUUAAGGUUCCUACAGAAAUUAUGUUCUUGUAUUUAUGUAGACUCGUUAGAGAAAAUGUCGACUGAUAAAUAAUUUAAUAUAGUGCUUUACCCUCUUAUUUAUAGUCUCGUAUUCUAUGAUUCAAAGUCGAGACUUAAACCUAACCUCAACGUAAAAAAUGUAUUGGAUUAGACAGGAGUCAUAGUAAAGAUUCUGAAUCUACCCUCAAUCUUAUGCUACAACCGGUAUUCUGGGGCGCCAAACUGAAAUCUACAUCAAUACAGAGUUCGAUUUGACAGAUUUAAAGUCGAGAAUUAGCGUAUGACGUCUGUCAAAACUUGACUUAAGACUGGGGGCUUAGUCAAGAUGCCUUAACAGUAGUGUAUGUGGAAAACUAAUUUUGUAGGAAAAUGACAGUUCCGGU